AUCUGCACACCGGUUUGUUUUGUUUAUUGAAAAAUAAAACAAUUAAACAAAAUUAUAGGUAAUAAAAUAUUGCAUGUCACAAAUAAUAUAUUUUUAUUUCCCAACAAAAAAGUAUAAAUUCUAAUUAAGAAGCACACACAUAAAACAUAAUCAUUUACUCUUAUUUAAAUAUUUUAGCUGUUGAUGAAAUUGUCCGUCCAUCCUAUAUAAAUAAACAGCAGGCGUUUCUAGUACCACACUCCCACCACAUGGGGGCGCCAGCGGCCCCUCGGUUAGCGGAAACAAGGAAACGACAUUGUUUAUUAGCGGCUACAUCCGGCUGGGUCACAGCUUUGUUUUCCCAUCUGGUCGUUCCUACUAAAACAAACAACGAUAUUACUUUUGUCUCCGUCGCUUGUUAUUAAUUCAAACUUCACUGCACGCGCAGAGUAAAGUGUUCAAGCUACGUUUACUUUGAAAGAGCCUCCUGGAAACCCCGUGUUCUUCGACGGUAUCUCGACGCGUUAGCUCGCUGCUCCGCAAACAGCGAUGAGCGCCGACGGACUUCUUCUCUGAGUGUUUCGACUGUUGACUAUAAAACAAGCCGAGGCAACCGCGUCCGCCAUGAAGCGUCGGUCCGCCGGAACGAUCCAGGGGACCGCGGUGGAAGCCGCCGCCCUGCCGGAGCACGACUACGCCCACUCCGUCGUCGUCGUCGCUCCGGGAAGCUCCUCGACGACGGAAGUGGAGCCGGCCGUGGGCGCGGAGGUGGAAUGCCCCGCGGUCACCCCCGUGAGCCGGGCGGGCCGCCGGCGUCCCAAGCGGCCCGAGGACGAGAACUGCUCCUCCUGCCGGUUCGCGUUCGAGCGUCAGGGCCGCAGCUUCAACCGGAGGGCGGUGUUCACCUUCACCACCCCGGAGACGGUGCAGUGGGUCUUCCCGGAAGCCGCCGCCGCGCACGACAAGUCGUUCCUGUGCGAGACAUGCGCGCAGGUCAUCCGGGGCAGAUGCCGACGCAAGCAGACCGGGAAGCGGGCCCUGUGGCUGAUCCCGCCUCCGCCGGAGCCGAAGGACAAGAAGAAGAAGAAAGGCUCUCGGAUGGGGAAGAAGAGCAAAGCCGCGCAGCUGGUGAGCAAGUCGUGCUACAAGGCCGCCUUCAAGCUGCUCUGGUCCGCUAAGGGGGCCCGGAAGCCCAUGCUGGAGUUCUGGAGCAAACAGCUGAAAGUGGAGAUGAAGGCGCUGGCGCGGCAGGCGGACAACCCCUUCCACCAGAAGGUGUCGAGCAGGAAGCCGCUGUCGUCCUUCCCGUGGCGCCGCUGCCUGAACUGGGUCCAGGACAAGGCGCCGCUCGUGAGCACCUGCCUCACCUCGCUGUUCCCCGACAUCAACGCCAUCUCCAAGAGCAGCCACAGCCAGAUGUCGGAGGACCAGGCCCAGACGGUGCUGAUGCGCCGCGCCGUGGUGGCGCUCUCCAUCCCGCUCUUCACCCGGAACAUCUGGAAGAACAACUUCCUGCAGGCGGCGCUGGGGGCGGAGCUCCGCCUGCAGGGCUGCUCGGGCUCGGCACUGGACGCCCUGAACACCAUGGGCCUGUGCCAGAACAAGGACACCGUGCGGCUGCUGCUGCACCGGCUCCGCACCGGCAAGAGGACGUCGACGCUCGGGGCACGGCAGAGGAUGAAGAUGAAGCUGGAGCAGCUCAAAGAAGACCAGAUGAUCGGUGAGGAGGAAGAGGAAGAGGAGGAGGAAGAAGAAGAAGAAGAGGAGGAUGAGGAAGAUGAUGAUGACGACGAUGAGGAGGAGGAGGAGGAGAAGGGCGAAGUAGCAGAGCAAGAAGAUGAGGAGGAGGAUGAUGAUGAUGAUGAUGAAGAAGAAGAAGAAGAAGGAAUGGAGAUAGUGCUGGAGGGCGUGGAAGAGGAAGAAGUGCAGGAUGGGUUGCAGGAAGAGGAGAAUCAAGAGGUGAAGGAAAACAUAGAGAUGGAACAGAAGAGUAAAGAGAAGGAGAAGAGAAAGGAGAGGGGGAAACAGAAGUUGGAGGGAGAGGAGGAGCAGGAAGAAGAUGAGGAGGAGGAAGAACACUAUGAAAUGGCGCUGGAGGAGUUAGAAGUGAAAGCAGCAGAGAAAGAAGUGCAGAAAGAUGAGGGAAAGAGGAGGAAGAAGAAGAAGGCGAAGAAGGAGAAGAAGCAGAAGAGGAAGGAGAGAGAGAAACGGAAGGUGAGGGAGGAGGAGGAGGGGGAGGAGCCUGAGCAGAAGAAGAGUCGGGUGGUGGUGGUGAGGCUCGGCCUCCUGAAGGGUCACUCAGAGGUCGGCCGAUCCGACCUAUCGGCUCCCUAAGACUCCAUAGACUCAACCGGCCCCUCGUCCAAUCGGAGAGCAGGACAGAGGGCCCGCCCUCCUCUCUGGGUGACAUUGAAAGUGGAUUCUGGGAAUAGUAGCAGAGUCGAACCUGGAGGAAAACUAUCGAGAGCUUUACACUAACCUUUCCUUUUUUGUUGGUAAAUGUAAAAACAAAUCUGAGCAUAAAUUAGUUAAUUUGUUUCCAGAAAGAAACACGAAACUUCUCCGGCCGAUCGAUCGGCGCCGUUUCCCCCGCGGCGGUCUCGUGUGUCUCGGUUGGUUGGACCUCAGAAAUGAACCGACUUCCUCUUUCUGUUCCACGUGGAGCAGCUUCCUCCUCCAUCGGUCACGUGACCGACUGCAGAUGAACUGACGCGAUGAACAACUCUGAAAACAAUACCCACGUAAAUCAGUUUGUCGUGAACAAUGUUGCACAAGCAAAUUAAUAACUUCAAGAAAAAGUUAAUUUAUGUGACUCUGCAUCUACUGUAUGAUCACAGCCAAUAGAAAUACUGUAUAAUACGUACAAUAUCACACUAAAACUACUUUAAAAACCUUUGACCGACGACGGGCUUCUCUACGUAUUAUUAUUAUCAACGAGCUUUCAGACCAACCCGUUGUGUAGUCGUUGGGACCUGAAUGAUAUUUACGAGUCCAACUUAAUUAAUUAAUUAAUGAACAUUGCCAAAAAUAAUAUUUUUCCCAUAGCAUUAUUUGUGUUUAUUUGUGUAUUAUCCUUUCCUGAAUACUUCAAUACUUUGUAAGAAAAAGGCUGGAUUUAGAAAAUGCUGAAAUGAGGCGCUGUAUUAAUUUUGUAACGCUAGUUUUUUUUGUCCUUUGCAUCUCCAGUGAAUGUUUUUGUUUAUUUUCUGUGUUUUUGAAGUUUGUGGAUCUGAUCGAGAGUCUGUAAACGUUCAACUAUAUAAAUGUUGAAGGCUU